AAUCCUGGGAGUUGGUGAUGUCAGACUGGUUGGGUCAUUUGAAGGUUAGCAGCCCGGGAAGGGUUCACCGAAAGUUCACUCGCAUAUAUUAGGCAAUUCAAUCUUUCAUUCCGUGUGACAGAAGUGGUAGGAAGUGAGCUGCUCGGAGGCAGGAGGGUCUAUUCUUUGCCAAAGGGGGGGACCAGAGUUCCCCUGCGCCGCGACCGCAGGACUGGGAUGCCGAGGACGCGAGCCACCCGGGCAGGGCGAAUCUGGGCACCGGCGGGGUAGGACCCGCGCGCUCCCGGAGGCCUGCGCGGGCGUCGCCUGGAAGGGAGAACUUGGGAUCGGUGCGGGAACCCCCCGCCCCGGCUGGAUCGGCCGAGCGAGCCUGGAAAAUGGUAAAUGAUCAUUUGGAUCAAUUACAGGCUUUUAGCUGGCUUGUCUGUCAUAAUUCAUGAUUCGGGGCUGGGAAAAAGACCAACAGCCUACGUGCCAAAAAAGGGGCAGAGUUUGAUGGAGUUCGUGGACUUUUCUGUGCCGCUCGCCUCCACACCUAGAGGAUAAGCACUUUUGCAGAGCGCGGUGCGGAGAGAUCAUGUUUGACUGUAUGGAUGUUCUGUCAGUGAGUCCCGGGCAGAUCCUGGAUUUCUACACCGCGAGCCCGUCCUCCUGCAUGCUGCAGGAAAAGGCUCUCAAAGCCUGCCUCAGUGGAUUCACCCAGGCCGAAUGGCAGCACCGGCACACUGCUCAAUCAAUUGAGACACAGAGUACCAGUUCUGAAGAGCUUGUCCCAAGCCCACCAUCUCCGCUUCCUCCUCCUCGGGUGUACAAGCCCUGCUUCGUCUGCCAGGACAAGUCAUCAGGGUACCACUAUGGCGUCAGUGCCUGUGAGGGCUGCAAGGGCUUUUUCCGCCGAAGUAUUCAGAAGAACAUGAUCUACACUUGCCACCGAGAUAAGAACUGUGUUAUUAACAAAGUCACCAGGAAUCGAUGUCAGUACUGCCGCCUGCAGAAGUGCUUUGAAGUGGGAAUGUCCAAAGAGUCCGUCAGGAAUGACAGAAACAAGAAGAAGAAGGAGCCUUCGAAGCAGGAAUGCACAGAGAGCUAUGAGAUGACAGCAGAGCUGGAUGACCUCACAGAGAAGAUCCGCAAAGCCCACCAAGAAACCUUCCCCUCACUCUGCCAGCUGGGCAAAUAUACCACGAAUUCCAGUGCUGACCAUCGGGUCCGACUGGACUUGGGACUCUGGGACAAAUUCAGCGAGCUAGCCACCAAGUGCAUUAUUAAGAUCGUGGAGUUCGCCAAGCGUCUGCCGGGCUUCACCAGCCUGACCAUCGCAGACCAGAUCACCCUGCUCAAGGCUGCCUGCUUGGACAUUUUGCUCCUGCCUUUGGAAAUGGACGACACAGAAACAGGCCUUCUAAGUGCCAUCUGCUUAAUCUGUGGAGACCGCCAGGACCUUGAGGAACCAACAAAAGUAGACAAGCUCCAAGAGCCUCUGCUGGAAGCACUGAAGAUUUACAUUAGAAAACGUCGGCCCAGCAAGCCCCACAUGUUUCCAAAGAUCUUAAUGAAAAUUACGGAUCUCCGCAGCAUCAGCGCUAAAGGUGCAGAACGUGUAAUUACCUUGAAAAUGGAAAUUCCUGGAUCAAUGCCACCUCUCAUUCAGGAAAUGCUGGAGAAUUCUGAAGGACAUGAACCCUUGACCCCAAGUUCAAGUGGGAACACAGCAGAGCACAGUCCCAGUGUCUCACCCAGCUCAGUGGAGAACAGUGGAGUCAGUCAGUCACCGCUGCUACAGUGAGACCCUUGCAGCUACUGCAGACAUUCCCAGGACGUUCAGUUCCCAAGUGAAAAUGCAAGGAAAACAUUUUUACUGCUGCUUAGUUUUUGGACUGAAAUACGCUAAACUCAAAAAGGACCAAGAAGUUUUCAUAUGUAUCAAUAUAUAUUCCUUACUGUGUAACUUGCCUAGAAAUACAAACUUUUCAAAUUCUGAAAUUUCAGCAUUUCAUGCCACCAGAAACUAGUUAAGAGCUUCUAUUUUCCUCUCUGAACAGUCAAGAUGCAUGGCAAAGACCCAGUUGAGAUGAUUUAGCCCUGGUUAAGUUUCUGAAGACUUUGUACAUACAGAAGUAUGGCUCUGUUCUUUCUAUCCUGUAUGUUGGUGCUUUCUUUUGUCUUGCAUACUCAAUAACCAAGACACCAAGGUUAUGGAGCAGACUACUGUACAUCUUGCUUUCAUGAAUAACAAGGCUUCACGGUAAGGAACCAGGACCUUUGUACAGUACAGGAUAAGACUAAAGACGCUCUGGUUUAAGUAAUGUGGAAAUUUCUCCUUGCUUUUUGAUACUCUCAAGCUGCAUCCUUUCUUUUGUGUUGCCCAGAUAGAGUAUACCACUUCACUGCACUAGCAGAAGAGAAUUCUGUAUCAAUGUAACUGCCAGUUCAGUUAAUCAAAUGUCAUUUGUUCAAUUGUUAAUGUCACUUUAAAUUGAAAGUGGUGUAUUCCUUAAUGAUACAACUACCGAAUGAAAAAAAGAUGCAUUUUUACAGUCAUGAUAGCCUCCAAGGCAAAAACACUGUCCAGUGUUAGUAAGUUUGUUUACCUGUUCACAAGCCAUUGGAGAGAUAUCACAGGAUAAUCAGCAGGCUAGUCUGCCUGGACUCUAGUAGUCCAGUGUCCUUCCUGACUCACGCCUGAUCCUGGGAUUUCCCCCAGUCUUGAUGCUUGAAGGUAUGGGCAAGUGGCCUCCUCUGGCCUUGUUCAAUCACUAUGACGCAGAGUGAUAGCUGUGGUAGAGUGGUUGACAGACUCAAGUGUCAGGUUCUGAGUUCUCAUGUAAGCACUAGUGGAAUUUUUUGUUUUUGAUAUAUUAGCAAAAGUCUGUGAUGUACCUUCACUGGCUCUGUUUGUACAUUGAGAUGGUUUAACAGUGCUUUCUAUGUUCAUAUACUGUUUACCUUUUUCCAUGGAGUCUCCUGGCAAAGAAUAAAUAUAUUUAUUUUAAA